AUGUCUACCCCACUGCGAAACAUGUUGCAACAGGAGGCGUUUUCAGUGGUCCUGGACAGACCUUGGAUCAGCACUGGAGUCUUCAUACCUUUGCUUAUCCUACUCAUUGACUAUCUCAACUACUAUAGGCUCAGAAGGCGCCUGGGUAAUAUACCGGUCGUAGGAGAUGCGUCUUACCUUUGGAGGCGGCUUCGCUGGACCGAAACUGAUGCAAGUUUUCAAAAAGUUUUCCAAAAAGGAUACGAUACUUUCUCUAAGAAAGCCAAACCAUUUGCCUUCUGGGGACAGAAUGAGGACUUUGUUAUUAUCCUACCUCCUGGAAGCUGCGAGGAUGUCAAAAACAUUGGCCCAGAGAAGCUAAGCUUUCUCCAGGCUGUCGAGGAUCUCGCAGCGAAUGAACCUUUCGCCGCAUUCCUCACCAUCUGGCAUCUCGUUAACAUUGUCUCCGCAAGCUACCUUGUUGGUCCAGAAUUCAGUGACAAUGCCGAGUAUUUGCAGGCCAUCGAAUACUACUGCAUCACUGUCCCGGCCUUCAUCUAUGGAUACUUCUGGGUUCCAGCCCCCCUUCGGCGACUGUACUGGUACCUGUCCCCUCAGGGCUUCAAGAUCCGUGCAUGCAAGGCCAAACUGAAGGCCUUCGUCGCCCCUAAAAUUCGACAGGUGAUCAAAACUUGGCAGGAGGAGGGCCAGGUCAGUGGCUCUUACACGCUGCUCGGCGCAAUGUUGGAACUCAAGGCCCAGAGGGGCCAGAUCAAGCAAGACCCCAAGGCCAUGACCAAGGCCGAGCUCGAGCGCCAGAUUGACAUCUUCUCCGAUGAAAUGAUUUUCACGGGGUUUGACAGCGCCGGUCCUGUGGCUUGUAUGGUCACGCAACUCGUCUUUGAGGCGAUGCGUGACAAGGAUCUGACCAGAGCGCUUCGCGAUGAGAUCGAGGCUGCACUGGCAGCCAACAAUGGUGAAUGGAAUACACAAGUCUUAACAUCUGUCCCCAAACUCGACAGCUUCACCAGGGAGUCGCUGCGGGUUAAUGGGCCAACGCUAUUGUCAGUAUCACGGACAGUCAUGGAGCCCAUGGAAUUGAAAUCCGGCCUCCGACUCAAGCGAGGCAACAUCAUCUCAAAUGCAUCUUGGCUCAUUCACAACGACGAGGAUCACUACAAGAAGGCUCAUGAAUUCGAUCCCUACCGCUUCUAUGACGAGAAGACUAACAAAGUGACCACAAAAGUGACCACUGCGAGCAGCAGCUUUCUCGGGUACGGAUAUGGAGCCCAGAUGUGUCCGGGUCGUCACCUGGGGAUCAGGAUGUCGCAGAUCCUAUUCGCCAAACUACUCAUGCAGUACGACGGAGAGUUUGAAGAUGCGAAGGCUGGCAAGCCGCCGAAUAUUGUCACAUCUGGCCAAGUCCUCCCUCCUUAUCAUACGAAAGUUAUUAUGAAGCAUAGGAAGGCUUGA